AUGGAUAAGAUUACGUGUAAUAUUGAUGAUAAUGAUACGGAAAUGAAGCUUGGUAUUCUUGCUUCUAUUUUUCCAGAUGAUUCAGUCCAUAUGCUUCUUGAAAAAUUGAUAGAAAAUGAUGGCUCUGUUCAGAAUAUCUUGAAUGCAUCUCUGAAUUCUUGUUUAAAAAAUAAAAAUAUCUUUCCAAAGUUAAAAAAGCAAAGGAAGAUCGAUGAAUUUAUAGAAAAACGUGAAUAUAAAUGUAGAUGUCUUUCGUUAGCUAAACAAGACUUAUCAGCUUCUUCAUUGCCGAUAAAAAUGCAGCGGAAUGAUUCUCUUGAUGUUUUAAAACGGACUAAUACGCAUGUGCUUCAUUUAUAUUUUUCAGAACAAAUAGCUAAAUUAACUCUUUGCACUUUAAUUCCUAAUGUACUACCGCAUGAAAUGGCUAAUUCUUUGCUUCUGAAAAUGUUGAAGGAAAGUGAAACAUGGAAAAGACGUGAAUUUCGUCUUUUUGAACGAAAUGUUAUUUCUCCACAUAAAUCUUGUUAUUAUCUUCAUUUUGACGAAAAUGGUUUGUUAAAACAAAAACCAUUUCCUGAAGAAAUGAAUGAAGCUCGAAUUCUUGUUAAAGAUAUUGUUAAUAAGGUCAUAUCUAGUAGGAAGCGUCUGGAAUAUCAAGAUUCUAGUGAGUGGGAUCCUAAUUUUGCUGUUGCAAAUUUAUAUGCUAAUGCUAAGGAAAAUGUUGGUUAUCACUCAGAUGAAUUGUCUUAUAUAGGACCUAUGCCAACUAUAGCAUGUAUUUCUUUAGGUGCUGAACGAGAAUUUCGUUUAAAAUGUGCUAGUCUUGAAUGUCAUGAAAGCAUUAAAAGUAUUCAUCUUCCACACAAUUCUUUAUUAAUUAUGCAUCCUCCAUGUCAAGAGAUCUAUAAACAUUCAAUUCAUCCUGCGCAUACUAUCACUCCUCAUCCUGUAUCUGGGACAGCAAGAAUAAGUAUAACAUAUAGGUUUUGUCGUAAAACAUAUCAACCAAAAUAUAUACCAAAGUGUAAAUGUGGUGUUCCAUGUGUAUUGCGUUGUGUUCAAAAAAAAGAGAAUACUAAAGGUAAAUAUUUUUGGAGCUGUAAUACAGAUAAACUUAUCAAUGGUAAUGGCAAAAAAUGCCAGUUUUUUCAAUGGGCUGAGUUUACUCAAAAUGGAGAAAAUCUUCUUGCUUAUCAGAAACAUGAUGAAAUAAUGUCAUAG